CACAGCGCCAGCAUCCUCUCUGUGGGCUGGUCACCAACUGUACAACCACCAUUUCACUGUGGACAUUACUCCCUCUUACAGAUAUGGGAGACAUGGGAGAUCCACCAAAAAAAAAACGUCUGAUUUCCCUAUGUGUCGGUUGCGGCAAUCAAAUUCACGAUCAGUAUAUUCUGAGGGUUUCUCCGGAUUUGGAAUGGCAUGCGGCAUGUUUGAAAUGUGCGGAGUGUAAUCAGUAUUUGGACGAGAGCUGUACGUGCUUUGUUAGAGAUGGGAAAACCUACUGUAAAAGAGAUUAUAUCAGGUUGUACGGGAUCAAAUGCGCCAAGUGCAGCAUCGGCUUCAGCAAGAACGACUUCGUGAUGCGCGCCCGCUCCAAGGUGUACCACAUCGAGUGUUUCCGCUGCGUGGCCUGCAGCCGUCAGCUCAUCCCCGGGGACGAGUUCGCGCUUCGGGAGGACGGGCUCUUCUGCCGCGCGGACCACGACGUGGUGGAGAGGGCCAGCCUGGGCGCCGGCGACCCGCUCAGCCCUCUGCACCCAGCGCGGCCGCUGCAAAUGGCAGCUGAGCCCAUCUCCGCCAGGCAGCCAGCCCUGCGGCCCCACGUCCACAAGCAGCCGGAGAAGACCACCCGUGUUCGGACUGUGCUGAACGAGAAGCAGCUGCACACCUUGCGGACCUGCUAUGCCGCCAACCCCAGGCCAGACGCACUCAUGAAGGAGCAACUGGUGGAGAUGACGGGCCUUAGCCCUCGUGUGAUCCGGGUCUGGUUUCAAAACAAGCGGUGCAAGGACAAGAAGCGGAGCAUCAUGAUGAAGCAGCUCCAGCAGCAGCAGCCCAAUGACAAAACUAAUAUCCAGGGGAUGACAGGAACUCCCAUGGUGGCUGCCAGUCCAGAGAGACACGAUGGUGGCUUACAGGCAAACCCAGUGGAGGUGCAAAGUUACCAGCCGCCUUGGAAAGUACUGAGUGACUUCGCCUUGCAGAGUGACAUAGAUCAGCCUGCUUUUCAGCAACUGGUGAAUUUUUCAGAAGGAGGACCGGGCUCUAAUUCCACUGGCAGUGAAGUGGCGUCGAUGUCCUCUCAGCUCCCAGAUACACCUAACAGCAUGGUAGCCAGUCCUAUUGAGGCAUGAGGAACAUUCAUUCAGAUGUAUUUUUUUUUCCCUGUUGGAGAAAGUGGGAAAGUAUAAUGUUGAACUCCGAAACAAAAGUAUUUAACGACCCAGUCAAUGAAAACUGAAUCGAGAAAUGAAUGCUCCAUGAAAUGCACGAAGUCUGUUUUAAUGACAAGGUGAUAUGGUAGCAACACUGUGAAGACAAUCAUGGGAUUUUACUAGAAUUAAACAACAAACAAAACCCAAACCCAACAUACGCUAUCCAAUGACCUUAGGAGUACUGAAAAAAAAAAAAGACGUUUUUAAAACGUAGAGGAUUUAUAUUCAAGGAUCUCAAAAAAAGCAUUUUCAUUUCACUGCACAUCUAGAGAAAAAGCAGAAAUAGAGAUUUUCUAGUCCAUCCUAUUCUGAAUGGUGCUGUUUCUAUAUUGGUCAUUGCCUUGCCAAACAGGAGCUCCAGCAAAUGAACAGGAAGAGAAACUGGCCUCCUUGGCUGAAAGAGUCCUUUCAGGAAGGUGGAGCUGCGUUGGUUUGCGAUGUUUUUAGUUGACUUUAACAAGGGGUUAAUUGAAAUCCUGGGUCUCUUAGCAUGUCCUGUAGCUGGUUUCUUUUUUACUUUUGCCCCUCCCCCUUCUUCGUCGUCGUCUUCUUUUUUUUUUUUUUUGAGAUCCAUCCUCUAUCAAGAAGUCUGAAGCGACUUUAAAGGUUUUUGAAUUCAAAUUUAAAAACCAACUUAUAAAGCAUUGCAACAAGGUUACCUCUAUUUUGCCACAAGCGUCUCGGGAUUGUGUUUGACUUGUGUCUGUCCACGAACUUUUCCCCCAAAGAUGUGUAUAGUUAUUGGUUAAAAUGACUGUUUUCUCUCUCUCUGGAAAUAAAGAGGAAAAAAAAAAAAAGGAAAC